AUGGAGGGAGUUAAAAGGGCAUUUACCAAGUGCAGAGAAGAACAUCGCGCAGCCUUAGUCACAUAUGUGACGGCCGGCUAUCCGACCGUGGAAGGCUCACUUGACAUAAUGUUAGGCCUACAGGCUGGUGGCGCAGAUAUCAUCGAGCUUGGUGUCCCGUUUACAGACCCGCUCACUGACGGGUUGACCAUUCAGAAGUCUAAUGCCAAAGCCCUUGAGAACGGCGUUAAUAUUCAGUGUAUGCUGCGAAUAAUCCGAACCGCACGGGCACGGGGGUUGACUGUUCCGGUCCUUUUGAUGGGAUACUACAACCCGGUACUGGCAUACGGGGAGCAAAGGCUGUUGCUUGAUACGAAGGCUGCUGGGGCCAAUGGGUUUAUAAUCGUGGAUCUUCCACCGGAGGAAGCCUUGCGGUUCCGGACUUCAUGCAAGACUGAAGGCCUUUCAUAUGUCCCGCUGGUUGCACCGUCAACAACCGACGAUCGAAUGGAUAUGCUAUGCGGCAUCGCUGAUUCGAUGAUCUAUGUUGUUUCCCGAAUGGGGGUCACAGGAGCGAACAAAACGCUUGCUGGAAACUUGGGUGAUCUGCUUGCUCGCGUGCAUGCCCGAACUGGAGAUCGUGUUCCUGCGGUGGUGGGAUUCGGUAUCAAUACUCGGGAACAAUUCAACGAUGUCGCUCGUAUCGCCCAAGGUGUUGUGAUCGGAAGCCAAAUCAUCAUGCUCAUUGGGGAAGCGCGUCCAGGCACUGAGCCACAAGUCGUCAAGGAGUACUGCUUGCAGGUUGCAGGUCGAACCCAGGAGAGCGUUGUGAUUCAUCCAUUGAUCGAAUUUAUCAAACCGAUUGCCCCGAACUCGACUGGCAAUCACCAAGCGGAAAGCCCCAGCACGGAGGAAAGUUAUGCUUUCAAAGAGGAACACACUCGAUUCGGGAAAUUUGGCGGCCAGUACGUUCCUGAGAUCCUCAUGGAAUGCCUGACUGAGCUUGAGAAAGGCUUCCAAGAAGCAAGCGCGGAUCCAGCAUUUUGGAAACAGAUUCGAUCAUACGAUGCAUAUGCAAAUCGCCCAUCAUCACUGCAUCUUGCACAGAGAUUGACUGAACAUGCUGGUGGAGCGCGUAUCUGGCUGAAACGGGAAGAUCUGAACCACACCGGUAGCCACAAGAUCAACAACGCACUUGGCCAAAUUCUGCUGGCCCGGCGACUCGGCAAAACCUCGAUCAUUGCAGAGACAGGUGCUGGUCAACACGGAGUAGCCACUGCCACUCUCUGUGCCCUCUUCGGUAUGAAGUGCACUAUCUUCAUGGGAUCGGAGGAUACCAGACGCCAGGCUUUAAACGUAUUCCGCAUCAAAUUGCUUGGUGCAACUGUUGUCCCCUGCCCUGGUAAGUGUGAUGGCCAGGGAGGAACUCUGCUUGAUGCCGUAAAUCAAGCAUUCCGUACGUGGGUUACGGAUCUGGAUUCGACACACUUUGUCAUCGGCUCGGUCUUCGGACCACACCCAUACCCAACCAUUGUGCGCACUUUCCAGUCCGUAAUUGGCACGGAAACACGCGAGCAGUUCCAAAGGCUGAACGCAGGUCGCCUUCCAGAUGCCGUUAUGGCUUGUGUGGGCGGUGGUUCGAAUGCGUCUGGGAUGUUCCAUCCUUUCUUGGAAGACACAUCUGUCGCUCUAAUUGGCGUGGAGGCUGGCGGGGAGAAUACCUCGGUUGGCAAACAUUCUGCGACCCUUGGAUACGGGUCAGUCGGUGUUCUUCAUGGAGUGCGCACAUACAUUCUUCAAGAUAAACAUGGCCAGAUCACGCCUACAAAAUCGGUAUCCGCCGGUCUGGAUUAUCCUGGCGUCGGUCCGGAGUUGGCCAGCUGGAAGGAGUCACAGAGAGCUCGCUUCAUCACAGCAGAUGACAAGGAGGCGUUGGGCGCUUUCUCGCUCUUGAGCAGAUUGGAAGGCAUCACGCCCGCGUUGGAAAGUGCGCAUGUUGUGGCCGGUGCGGUUCGUGUGGCUAAGGAACUCGGACCUGAGAAAGACAUUGUUGUUUGCUUGAGUGGACGGGGUGAUAAAGAUGUUCAAACCGCAGCUAGUCUUCUAGAUCAUAACUGA